AAUCCAAAACUCAUCCCACCCAAUAUGCUCUUCUCUUCAUCAACUUUCCUUUUGGCCCUGGCCGCACUUUCAACCUCCAUCACGGCCCAGCCCGCCGCGACCUCAGUAGCCUCGACCGCAAUCGCCGUGACCACAACCGCCAAGCCUGCCCAACCCACUAUACUCUCACAUAAAGAAUCCAGACAAUGUGCCACAAGGGUCUGUCACGAAGGGAUGGAUGAAGGAGGACACUGCAACGCUGAAGUUCGAUUCGAGAUGGAUUGCGAAGGUCGUAAAAAGGAAAUACAGGCUUCUAGACAGCUUCUAGUCGGCCAAGCAUUAACUGUUUACUGCGGCUGUGACGCGCCUACGACCAUGAAAUCCUGGUAUCUAGAUGGGCAACAUCCUUAAGGAAUCAGUGACGGUGUACCAGCAUCCCGCCUUUACUAUAUGCAGUCGUGUGUGGGUUUUGUAAUUCAGCUCUUUCUAUGUAUAGACUCUUUUUUGUAUUUAGUCGGCCUCAGUUAUCGUUAGGUGAGGAUCGCCAAAUGCCCUCCUUUUUCUCCCGAGAAACACCUGAUCGGUACCAGGUUCGCCUCGCGCGUGCUUCGCAAAUAGAAAUCCAACUACCUACGCUCUUUUAACAUGAUUUUUUCUUCGUCAAGAUGCACCUUGCGCUGAUAAAUCUACAUGAAACGCGUUCAACCAUACAUCUGGUGAAUAAUGCCUGAACAUAAUAUACUAACGUGUUGUCUCAUUAAGUGCGCCGUAUCAUUAUUACUACCACCCCCUAAAUUCACCCAAAAUCAGAAGAUCAGGCCUCUUGCAGUCUCCACAACAAAGCGAAUUGAAAAGCCGAAUGGAUGCAUCAAUAGCGAAGGGCGAAUAACUAUCCAAGAACUCGGCUGAGGUGGGGUAAGGAUAACACUACUGGUCUGCGAUGGUGAUGGACGAGAUGUCCCCUAGGAAAUAUUACCUGUUCCCUUCUUUUUAAAUGUCAUAAUAUCUCCUGUGUGAUUUGCUGCGACGGCAAUCUCAACUCAAAAACCUGCAGUCUAGCCUGUCAGAGACGGAUUCACAAGGUACUUUUAGCCACACAGAAAUGCUCUUUUCUUAUUC